AUGAUAGCUUCACAAGAGAGCACAAACGUCGGUAAGAGUCCAAAUCUGAUUAAGAUGAAACGAAUCUACUUACACAUAUUUCCCCGAAGUCGAUACAUCGCAUUAGAGCACGAGAAUAAGCAGUGGCGCGAACAACUGCAGGCCUCCCAGCAGUUGAACCCCGAUUCCGUUCCGAUUGCGUUAUCCGCAGCGGCAACGGACCUGGGUAUACCGGCCUUGCUGAAGUCUGAUGUCCAGCUGGAGGAUUCGCAAGACUUGUCGCUGGCAUAUCCCCAAUAUCAUCUUGCACCAGCGGGCUCCACACCUGAUGCGAUGAUGGGAGGGACUGAUCCCACAAAGCCCCGUUCACUGAAAAGCGUCACCGUUACAGGUCGAGAGAUUGAGGACCUGUACCAAUUAUUCUUCCGUCACUAUGCCUCAUUCCUCCCCAUCCUCGAUGUCCAGACCAAGCCGAAUGCGUACUACGCGCAGUCGCCAUUUCUCUUCUGGGCUGUUAUCGGCGUCGCUAGUCGAUCAUAUUCCCGAAACCCGACUUUGCACACUGCGCUGGCCCAGGAGGUUACGGAAAUGGCAUUCCUAUCGGUCCUGUCGACAUGCGCGCCGUGGUACACUAUACAGGGACUACUGCUCCUACUGACAUGGCCUUUUCCCAAGGAAAACCGCCCUGAUGUGACAUUCCCUCUCAGCGGAAUGCUUUUGCAUGUAGCAAUGCAAAAUGGCUUCCAUAUCCCGAUGUCGAGCCAUGAAUUUUCCCGAGUGAAGAUUCCGGCGCCCUCAGACUUGGAUAUGGUCCGACGCUCAGAGCUCUGGGCCCAUUGUGUCCUUAUUUACCAACGGUCCUGUGUGAUAAAAGGGCAGUCCCCCCGGAAUCUGGUCAGUUUGGCACAGGAUACCAUCCAGCGCCAGGUGCUAUUUGAUAAGAUUGCUCCACACCUCGUUCAAAAACUCAGAUGCCUGGAGGUCGUUGGGAAAUGCAGCGAAGCAGUUCUGGAAAAUGGAGUCCGUGCCAUGUCUGUGGAUCAAGAGCUGGCUUUGGAUAUUUUGCUGCGGAAGUAUGAGGGAGAGGUUGACGAUAUUGCACUGCAGGCAGUAGUCGACGAUGAGAAGUAUCAUCUUCUCCUUUGCCGGAUGGCAAUCCAGAGCUUCCAUUUCUACAAAAACCAAACACUGAUCUCCAGUGGAUGCCUUCCACGUCUUAUUGUCACCGCUUGCAACUUGAUAGACUAUAUUCAAGCCUUGGCAGAUCGUAUGGGAUCUCUCUUUAUGGCACCUGUUCAAAUAAGCUUCGGUCUGCUCCUGGCUUCGAUGUCCCUGUUACGCAUUCUCAAAAGCGAUUUUGCCUCCAGCGGACUUGAUACAAGCCGUGCCCAAGCCUCUUUCUUUGCCGCCAUCAAUUUGGCCAAGCAAAUGUCCACUGACAGAAGAGAUACACCUGCCAAAAUGAUCACGGUCUUGAAUCAACUCUGGAAUAGCACCAAGGCAUUCCGCAAAGCGGAUGGCUCGGAAUACACCGCAUUGCGAAUUCGCAGUCGCUUGAUUCUUAGUCAGAUAUUGGAUGCUGUCUGGUGGUGGCGUGAUGAAUAUGACCCUCACGCGCGUGCUAAAAUGCGAGGGACCGAGCCAGUUGAUGGUCCCACCCGAACCAAUAUGUUCCCGAGCGUGGAGGCAGGGCGUGCUAUCAUGAGAAAAGAUCCCGCCCGAGACUCCGCUGGGGGUAUUCUACAGAACGCGGAUGCUCCUUUUCAAGGAGAAUUCCAGAUCAACGAGGACUACUUCACUAACUUUGAGUGGCUGAGUGAUGAAAUUUUCUCAUUUCCUCCGGACUCGUCAUCGACGAACAAUCUACCGUGA